AUGGCCUCGGCUGCUAAUGCCUCCUCUGAGCAGGAAAACAGGGACCCCGAUCGGCCGAGGAUAACGCGGAGGAACAGGGGGAACUAUCGCUCAACAGCGCCGGAUUUGGAGUAUUUGCAGCGGCCAAGUUACUGCGAUGCAGCUUUCGCCUUGCAGCAAAUAUCCGAGGUGCUUAUUAUUUGACAUGUUUGAGUGAAAUGAUAUUGGUAUGGUUCUACUAUAAUGAAACUGCCCAACAAUGUCAAGUCGCUAGGUAACGGGAUAGGGGACGAGCAGGGGAGAGGGUUUGGGAUGUAGAGCUAUGCGGUGUAAUCUAUUUUGUGAUUUGCUAUUCAAUAAUAGUUAACUUUUCUCGCGUUUAGACCAUUCCUGAUCCAUUUUUUAAAAUAUAGGCUACACAUGAUAUAGGCUACACUAGGCUACAAUGUUUCAAUAACAGUCGCGCAACUAGGCUACACAGUGUAGGCUAUUUCCUACUUUUGCACAAUUAAAAUGUGCAUAACAGUUUAGGCUUAUGUGUUUUCGCACUUGAUCGAACACGAUUUUAACUGCCCAGACGUCUGUACGAUGUUAUCUUUACUGGGGAGUCGUUCUCUUCUCUAAAGCAAAAAUCCAUGUGGCUACCCUCUUCCGUUCACAAAUGUUAUCGUAUCCUAACUCCCUCCGUGAUGGCUACUCCACUCCCCCAACGCAGAUCACACACGCAGCUCUACAGGAAUGGAAUUGUGUGGUGUGUGAUUUUGCAGCAGCGUAAAAACUCACGUGAACAUUUUGGGGGAUUAAUAGCAUCAUUCGAUACAAUGUAUCGCAACAAGGCUUGCGCUGUGUUACAAUGUGUCACUGACUGACUGCAAGCCAUGCUGCGCUUUCCCCUCUUGCCGGUGUGUGUGUGGUAAAAACAACAAAGUAACGGACUAUAGUCCUGUCGUCCAAAACCGGUGCUUACGUCGCUGGCUCGCGAACUAUCUCUUUCCUCUCUCGACGUAGGAGGUCCAACCACUGCCAUUUUUGGCCAGAAUAACAGGUCUACUCCGAGGUUCUUAUUCAGAACAGUAAACAUUGAUGUACCAUAUUGAACACACUUCACGUGCACAGUAUAGGGUAGCCUACAUUAACAUAUCCCCAUCAUUGCUCUUAUCAUACCAAUGUAAUAACACAUUCAUUAACAUGUAUUUUAUUCUAUGAUAACCGUGAUGUCCUCUCCACAUAACACUACAUUCAAUUAAUCAACGAUGAUAAAUAUUUGACGCUCCCAGCACUUGUUUAGGGAGUAAUAUGCGGCCUUUCUCUUGUCGCAGGGCAAAGCAACUGGAAGAAAAGCACCGCUGUGGCUGAGAGCGAAGUUUCAGAGACUCUUGUUUAAGUUGGGCUGUUACAUACAAAAGAACUGUGGAAAGUUUUUGGUUGUGGGCCUCUUGAUAUUCGGAGCUUUCGCUGUUGGCUUACGGGCAGCUAAUCUGGAAACCGACGUGGAGAAACUCUGGGUAGAAGGUAAGAAAAUAAUUUAUAAUUUUUCACGUUGAAUCGCUUGUCUUUCCUGUUGAGAAUAAACUCAAAUCUGGGAAGGGUAGGGUGGGGUGGAGAGGGGUAGGGGGUCUUCCAAACAAGCCGGGGGGGGGGGGGGUGUUUAUUGUAUAGCAGUUUGGCAAGGAGCCAGGUCUAAACUUGAAAAUAUUUGUAUUUCGUUUCAUGUUAUGGUUUUUGUUGCUUUGGAUUCGUUGUUGUUGAGUGUAGAUGCGCAAAGAAAGUGCACGGAGUAGCUCAACAUUUUUCUUUACGUUAAAAGGAAAGUUAUUAUGAAAUUCAUGAGAAGUUUUGGAAAGAGGAAAUUUUGUCAAUGCCGCCAUUUUGUGAGUGUGUGAGUGUGUGUGUGUCUGCCUGCCCCCAGCAGUUGAAUGUGAUCCACGCACAGCUCGGAGACUGUGUGUGGUCCCGUUUUGGACAGCUCUCAACUUUCCAAGAAAGAUUUGUCUCCGGCUAAAAUUGUGGACAGAAACGCAUGUUUACAAAAGUAGAUCAUCUGAAACUCAGGGUUAUGCUAUUCUUUUACGAAAUCCGUUAUGUAGAAUAAGUGUAUUUGAGUUUGAAAGGGGGUCUUUGAGUAUGGGGGGUGAUUUUGGGGAAAGGGGGAGGGGCAGCGUUUUUUCGUCCUUUGAUCUGCAUUCCAGUAGUUUAGAAGGUGGUAGCCUAUAUUUGAGUCAGGUAUGGGUCAUCAAUUGACUUUGUUUUGAAAUGUGAGCAGUUUGAAAGAGAUCAUAAUUUGGAUUUAUGAUUGAAAUGUUAUUGCCAUUAGUCCAUGGUUAUUUACAUAAUAUAUUUCAGAAGUGUCUUUAUUUGAAACAGUAAUAGGUUAUUACUGUGUAAUAAUAUGCAAUAUUAUUUUAAAGCAUGUGGAUUUAGUCAACAACAGAUUGUCUAAUUAAUCCCUUUAAUGUCAAUGUCCAAAGGCCUUUCCUUUGCUCACUAUCCAAUGGCUACUCUAUAGUUUACUGUAGGGUUGGGCGGUAUCCGGAUUUUCAUAUGUCAUGCCGUCCUUCUCUCAUCCCGGGAUUUACUGUAUUACCGGUUUAGUACACAAGGGGGCGCCCAAGAAUAAUCAAAAACCCCCAUUGGGCGUCUAUUACCAGAAUGCUAACAAAAUUAGCACAAGUAAUAGCGAAUUUCUGUGGAGGCUGCUAGCUAAAUAUGCUAACUAGUGCAAACGAAAAUAAAUGAAUGGCAAAGACAGGCAAUCCAGCUCAUAAAGUUAUACAUAUACAGUGGGGAGAACAAUUUGAUACACUGCCAAAGUUCUGGGUUGAUCCCUCACCUUCCUCAUGAUCAUUGAUGCCCCACGAGGUGAGAUCUUGCAUGGAGCCCCAGACCGAGGUUGAUUGACCAUCAUCUUGAACUUCUUCCAUUUUCUAAUAAUUGCGCCAACAGUUGUUGCCUUCUCACCAAGCUGCUUGCCUAUUGUCCUGUAGCCCAUCCCAGCUUUAUGCAGGUCUACAAUUUUAUCCCUGAUGUCCUUACACAGCUCUCUGGUCUUGGCCAUUGUGGAGAGGUUGGAGUCUGUUUGAGUGUGUGGACAGGUGUCUUUUAUACAGGUAACGAGUUCAAACAGGUGCAGUUAAUACAGGUAAUGAGUGGAGAACAGGAGGGCUUCUUAAAUAAAAUAAAAUAAAUUGUUUCAAUGGUAUUGACGGUAUUGAAAAACCAUCCCGUGGCUAUUUCCAAAGACCCCAGUAUACGGUAUACAGUUGAAAUCGGAAGUUUACAUACACUUAGGUUGAAGUCAUUAAAACUCGUUUUUCAACCACUCCUCACAUUUCUUGUUAAUAAACUAUCGUUUUGGCAAGUCGGUUAGGACAUCUACUUUGUGCAUGACACAAGUCAUUUUUCCAACAAUUGUUUACAGACAGAUUAUUUCAUUUAUAAUUCACUGUAUCACAAUUCCAGUGGGUCAGAAGUUUACUUACACUAAGUUGACUGUGCCUUUAAACAGCUUGAACAAUUCCAGAAAAUGAUGUCAUGGCUUUAGAAGCUUCUGAUAGUCUAAUUAACAUCAUUUGAGUCAAUUGGAGGUGUACCUGUGGAUGUAUUUCAAGGCCUACCUUCAAACUCAGUGCCUCUUUGCUUAACAUCAUGGGAAAAUCAAAAAAAAUCAGCCAAGACCUCAGAAAAAAAUUGUAGACCUCAACAAGUCUGGUUCAUCCUUGGGAGCAAUUUCCAAAGGUCUGAAGGUACCGCGUUCAUCUGUACAAACAAUAGUAUGCAAGUAUAAACACCAUGGGACCACGCAGCCGUCAUACCGCUCAGGAAGGAGACUCGUUCUGUCUCCUAGAGAUGAACAUACUUUGGUGCGAAAAGUGCAAAUCAAUCCCAGAACAACAGCAAAUGACCUUGUGAAGAUGCCGGAGGAAACAGGUACAAAAGUAUCUAUAUCCACAGUAAAACGAGUCCUAUAUCGACAUAACCUGAAAGGCAACUCAGCAAGGAAGAAGCCACUGCUCCAAAACCGCCAUAAAAAAGCCAGACUACGGUUUGCAACUGCACAUGGGGACAAAGAUCAUACUUUUUGGAGAGAUUACCUCUGGUCUGAUGAAACAAAAACAGAAUGUUUGGACAUAAUGACCAUCAUUAUGUUUGGAGGAAAAAGGGGUCUGCUUGCAAGCCGAAGAACACCAUCCCAAACGUGAAGCACGGGGGUGGCAGCAUUAUGCUGUUGGGCUGCUUUGCUGUAGGAGGGACUGGUGCACUUCACAAAAUAGAUGGCAUCACGAGGAAGGAAAAUUAUGUGGAUAUAUUGAAGCAACAUCUCAAGACAUCAGUCAGGAAGUUAAAGCUUGGUCGUAAAUGGAUCUUCCAAAUGGACAAUGACCCCAAGCAUACUUCCAAAGUUGUGGCAAAAUGGCUUAAGGACAACAAAGUCAAGGUAUUGGAGUGGCCAUCACAAAGCCCUGACCUCAAUCCUAUAGAAAAUCUGUGGGCAGAACUGAAAAAGCGUGUGCGAGCAAGGAGGCCUACAAACCUGACUCAGUUACACCAGCUCUGUCAGGAGGAAUGGGCCAAAAUUCACCCAGCUUAUUGUGGGAAGCUUGUGGAAGGCUACCCAAAAUGUUUGACCCAAGUUAAACAAUUUAAAGGCAAUGCUACCAAAUACUAAUUGAGUGUAUGUAAACUUCUGACCCACUGGGAAUGUGAUGAAAGAAAUAAAAGCUGAAAUAAAUCAUUCUCUCUACUAUUAUUCUGACAUUUCACAUUCUUAAAAUAAAGUGGUGAUCCUAACUAACCUAAAACAGGGAAUUUUUACUAGGAUUAAAUGUCAGGAAUUGUGAAAAACUGAGUUUAAAUGUAUUUGGCUAAGGUGUAUGUAAACUUCCGACUUCAACUGUAUAUGGUAUACCUCCCAAGCCCUGUUUAUUGUGAACUUAGCUGAUGGAGUUACAGUAAGGGAGUGUUAAUAAAGCACAACAACAUAAAGUGUUUUCUUGUUUUCUGGACCUAUCUUAAUGUUGCUCAGCUCCAUGGUGCUUCACACACAAGCCUGUCAGCUGAGGCUGGCUGGCAGAUGGUCAACUACAAUUGUUUACAGACAAAUUAUUUCACUUAUAAUUCACAGUAUCACAAUUCCAGUGGGUCAGAAGUUUACAUAGACUAAGUUGACUGUGCCUUUAAACAGCUUGGAAAAUUCCAGAAAAGGAUUUCAUGGCUUUAGAAGUUUCUGAAUGGCUAAUUGACAUCAUUUGAGUGAAUUGGAGGUGUACCUGUGGAUAUACAGUGGGGAAAAAAAGUAUUUAGUCAGCCACCAAUUGUGCAAGUUCUCCCACUUAAAAAGAUGUGAGAGGCCUGUAAUUUUCAUCAUAGGUACACGUCAUCUAUGACAGACAAAAUGAGAAAAAAAAAUCCAGAAAAUCACAUUGUAGGAUUUUUAAUGAAUUUAUUUGCAAAUUAUGGUGGAAAAUAAGUAUUUGGUCAAUAACAAAAGUUUCUCAAUACUUUGUUAUAUACCCUUUGUUGGCAAUGACACAGGUCAAACGUUUUCUGUAAGUCUUCACAAGGUUUUCACACACUGUUGCUGGUAUUUUGGCCCAUUCCUCCAUGCAGAUCUCCUCUAGAGCAGUGAUGUUUUGGGGCUGUCGCUGGGCAACACGGACUUUCAACUCCCUCCAAAGAUUUUCUAUGGGGUUGAGAUCUGGAGACUGGCUAGGCCACUCCAGGACCUUGAAAUGCUUCUUACGAAGCCACUCCUUCGUUGCCCGGGCGGUGUGUUUGGGAUCAUUGUCAUGCUGAAAGACCCAGCCACGUUUCAUCUUCAAUGCCCUUGCUGAUGGGAAGGAGGUUUUCACUCAAAAUCUCACGAUACAUGGCCCCAUUCAUUCAUUUUACACGGAUCAGUCGUCCUGGUCCCUUUGCAGAAAAACAGCCCCAAAGCAUGAUGUUUCCACCCCCAUGCUUCACAGUAGGUAUGGUGUUCUUUGGAUGCAACUCAGCAUUCUUUGUCCUCCAAACACGACGAGUUGAGUUUUUACCAAAAAGUUAUAUUUUGGUUUCAUCUGACCAUAUGACAUUCUCUCAAUCCUCUUCUGGAUCAUCCAAAUGCACUCUAUCAUACUUCAGACGGGCCUGGACAUGUACUGGCUUAAGCAGGGGGACACAUCUGGCACUGCAGGAUUUGAGUCCCUGGCAGCGUAGUGUGUUACUGAUGGUAGGCUUUGUUACUUUGGUCCCAGCUCUCUGCAGGUCAUUCACUAGGUCCCCCCGUGUGGUUCUGGGAUUUUUGCUCACCGUUCUUGUGAUCAUUUUGACCCCACGGGGUGAGAUCUUGCAUGGAGCCCCAGAUCGAGGGAGAUUAUCAGUGGUCUUGUAUGUCUUCCAUUUCCUAAUAAUUGCUCUCACAGUUGAUUUCUUCAAACCAAGCUGCUUACCUAUUGCAGAUUCAGUCUUCCCAGCCUGGUGCAGGUCUACAAUUUUGUUUCUGGUGUCCUUUGACAGCUCUUUGGUCUUGGCCAUAGUGGAGUUUGGAGUGUGACUGUUUGAGGUUGUGGACAGGUGUCUUUUAUACUGAUAACAAGUUCAAACAGGUGCCAUUAAUACAGGUAACGCGUGGAGGACAGAGGAGCCUCUUAAAGAAGAAGUUACAGGUCUGUGAGAGCCAGAAAUCUUGCUUGUUUGUAGGUGACCAAAUACUUAUUUUCCACCAUAAUUUGCAAAUAAAUUCAUAAAAAAUCCUACAAUGUGAUUUUCUGGAUUUUUUUUCCUCAUUUUGUCUGUCAUAGUUGACGUGUACCUAUGAUGAAAACUACAGACCUCUCUCAUCUUUUUAAGUGGGAGAACUUGCACAAUUGGUGGCUGACUAAAUACUUUUUCCCCCACUGUACACAUCUACACGUCCACUACAGCAUAUGCUUUUCAACCGUUACUUUUUCCCUACACCGUGUUAUUGUCUUGUUGUGUCAAGAUGUCAGAACCCAGGGUCAUCUACUGUAAAUAGUUUAGCCACAUUUAUUGGGAUGACUGAUGGCUGUGGUUUGCAUGUACACACACAAGCGCAUGAGAACACACACGCAUACACGCACAUGCGCACACACACACUGUUCCCAGGUCUAGGGACGUGAGGGGUACCAGAUGCUAGUCGGGAGAAAUGUGUUUGUUUAGAUUAGACUGCACAGCUGAGGGAUAGAUUAGUACUGCCUGGACAGUGGAGGGCUGCUCUAGGCUCGGCCCAGCACAGCGGGAACUGUUGCCCAACGUGAAGAGGAAGAGAGGAAGGGAGGAGAAAGGAGGAGAUUGGGAUGAGAGGAGAAGAGCAGAGGAGGAUACAGGAGAGGAGGAGAGCAGAGACGGAAAGAGAAGAAGGUAUGAGAAGAGGGGAGGAAGAGGAGGAGAGAGGUCGUCUUUUUUAUGUUUCAUUUGGACCCGUUCCUCUGCAUGCGACCUCUCCAUGACCCUACCGUUGAGCUCUGGCUAUUAGGACACACACACACCAUAGCAGAUCUCUCAUUGAAAUGGAGUGAAGUUGCAUGGGUGAUCUCAUGCUGUAUUUCAUCACCUGCUAUGUUUAGUGUUCAUCCUGGUAGGUCAGUAGUUUAGUACUGCAGCUCGUCUUAUUCAAAGAGAAUCACAUUCAGCAGCAUUCACAAAAUCAUUUGCUCAGUAUACAUAAACACUUAGACUGCACUCUCACUUAGACACAUGAAGUUGUGUUUAUCAGUCAUAUUGAGGGAUGUACAGUUGAAUCAAAAAGUUAAAAGUAGAAGGAGUAGAAUGAAGUGACUGUUUCAUCCAACAGGCAAAAAUAUUUGGUGCUCUUUUUUCCAGCUUUGGUUCUCUUUGUGGCAAACAGGUUGAUCUCUUGACUUGGCAGCAAAUGCAUAGAUACAUUUGUUUAUAGAUUAAAUUAAGAUUUAGGGCGCUGACUUUAUACGUAGUAGAGGUAAAUCAAGCUGUGUUUACAUUGAUGAGACCAGGGACAUGAAGUGACUUGCCUAAACAGGAAGGUUGUAGUGUUGUGGUGUGUUCUCCUCUUCUCUACUCCUCUUCUUCCAAUAUGGCUGCCAGGAUACAGUGUUUUAAUAUCACCAAACCCAUAGUGGUUUUCUUAAUCUAAUAUGACUAAUUUCCCUGUAGCAGAGACGUGUCUGAGUAG